CUCCAAGAGAAUUCGAAUCCUUUAUACAGUUAAAAAUAGUUGUAUUAGUUUUGAUUCCACUUCAAAUUUCUCCUAGUGCUAUAACUUUUUAUCUGUGGCAUAAUCUCUCGAAAAUAGAUGUGAAGUUAGAAGAAAAUUUUGGAUGGAUAAUUUCAGCAUUUCUUUGGGUUGUAACUUUUAUUCAUCAGUAUUUUAAUAUGGCUACAAAUCUUUUAUAUUGCCAAGCAUCUGGUGAAGACAAUACAGAGCUGCUGCUUUAUUUUUUGCCGACUGCAAUUACAUCUUUCAUUACGCUAUCAUCUACAAGUCACUCAAUCAUAAAAUUGAUUUACAAUUCGAAUGAACAAUUGGAGAGUCAAAAACGAAAUUCGAAUGAACAAUCGGAGACAAAUAUUGCAGAAAAAUCAUCUGUUUCGUCAAAAAUUUCAAUUCUACAAGCUUAUGAACCUAUUGUAGGAAUAGCUUUAUUCGGCGCUACAUAUUUUGUACAUGGCAUGCCAAUAAAUCAUAAAAAAUCAAUGUUGGAUGACGAAAAUUUAAGGAGAUACCUAAAAAUUCCUGAGGAAAUUCUUAUGCCUGAAACGAAA